GAUUGGGUUAGGUUGCGCCGCAGUAAUCCCAUAAUAACAAACGCCGCUUCUGACAGCAAACUCUUGAUAUUGAAGAUAGCUGAACGGUCUCAUUUGUGCAUGUUAUUAACUCCUCAAAUCCUGCUUUAGGCCCCUUUGCGAUGGUUUAUCGUCACGAACGGUAGUCAGUAGCAUCUCUUGCUUGUGGUCUCCAUCUAUCCAUCAGCAGCUGUCCCAGAAAGGCUCACCAUGCUGCGAGAGAGCUUCAAGGCGUGGAGCAACGGCUCCGAGGCCUACAGCAGCGACCCGGAGGAGGAUGAGGAGGAGGAAGAGGACAUGGUGUUUGGGGACAAUGACCAGGACGGCGUGGCGGAAGAGAUGAUGGACCUCAGUGACCUCCCCACGGCGCUCUUUGCCUGCGGUGUACACGAGGCUGUGUUUGAAGAGGACGUGGACAGGGAGAGAUUUGAAGCAUUGUUUCGGAUCUACGACGAGCAGGCCACCUUCCAGUUGUUCAAAAGCUUCCGCAGAGUCCGGAUCAACUUCAGCACACCAGAGGCCGCCGCCCGCGCUCGCAUCGAACUGCAUGAGUCUGAGUUUAACGGCAGGAAGCUCAAACUCUACUUUGCCCAGGUCCAGAACGGUGACGAGGACAUCGACAAGUCGUACCUGGCACCUCCCCAGCCGGUCAAACAGUUUCUGAUCUCGCCGCCCGCCUCGCCGCCCGUGGGCUGGUGUCAGAGCGAGGAUGCCACGCCAGUCAUCAACUACGACCUGCUAUGUGCGGUCGCCAAGCUGGGACCGGGUGAGAAGUACGAGCUUCACGCCGGCACAGAGUCAACUCCGAGCGUGGUGGUUCACGUGUGCGAGAGCGAGACGGAGGACGAGGAGGCGGGGCGGCCGAAGCAGGAAAUCGUGCAGACCAGACGCCCAGACGGCCCCCCGAAGGUCUUCAACUAGAGACGGCCCUUGAUACACACACACACAGUGACCCACACUCUUUUUGGCUGCCUCUAUGAUCUGCAACACAUCUCUCUCUCUCUUUAUCUCUUUCUCUCUCUCUCUCUCUCUCUUUCUCUCUUUCUCUCGUCUUUGCACUCACAGAGAGCGACGCCCCUCAUUUCAGCCUAAAAAAAAACAAACAUUGUUCCAGAUGAGGCGUUUUUUUGCCGAAUGAGGCGGCUUGGAAGGGAAUGGAUGAGAAUCUCUCUCACACGCACGCACGCACGCACAUGCACACACGCACACAGUCAUCACAUUCCUGUGAGUGGUGGGUGUUGGAGUGACUCCGCCCCCCUUACUGACCCACCCACUCCGUGGGAGUGAUGGUCAACAACAGAGGGCGCCAUGGUGUUCACAUGUACGCUCGCUAGUGCUAGCUCGCUAACCGGUUAGCUCACACCUCAUUGCGAAUGGUGUUUUAUGCACAAUGUGUGUGGUUUUUGUUUGGGUUUUUUUCCCACUCAUGCUCAUAUCAGGUCUUUGCAUGUAUAUACAGUACACACACUACUGCGUGAUACAAUACUAACAGAAUAUACUACACUGCACGGAGCGCCGUAUGUAACUAACAAGUUAGACUUUUCUCCAUUUUUUACCUUUUUCUUUUUUUUUUUUUGCUAAA